AUGGAAGUUCCACCUGGUUCGAUUCAACUCACUUCAGAUGGACUGAUUUAUAAACACAUUGAAGAAGAAGGCGAAAGGGAUAAGAGAUACUCUAAUUUUAACGGAACAAUUGUUGGAGUUAGAUAUUAUAUCUCGUCACCAAAAGGAAUUGUUGUUAAUUGCAUGGAUAGUGCUCAAUGUUGGAUCACUGGCGAUAAAAAACAAGAAUCAGAACUGUUCCUUUUCUUGCCGGUAGUUGUUGCAACAAUGGCUGUUAAAGAAGUCUGCAAAGUCUAUUUUUCAAAGAAAUAUCUUGUUGGUGAUGGAUCAAUUCUUGGUCUUCAUGGCCAAAUCGACAAUUCUGAUUAUUAUGAAGCAUUAGUUUAUCUUGUUGAUGCUGAACCAAUGGAUUAUUCACCAGAUCAGUAUAAAGAAGAUGUAAAUAAGUAUAAAGAAACUGCAUUUUCGCCAGAAGCUCCAGUAAAAACCGAGCCUAAACCAAAACCAGAAAAAAUUGUUGAGAAAAAAGAACCUAAAAAGGAGAAGACAUCAUUUGAAAUAAUAAAUGAGAUGAUAGCAGAGAAGAGACAAGCCCAAGAACAUGAAACAAAUCAAAGAAAGAAAUUUGCCUUGAAUCAAUUAACAAUUGCCCAUAAUUUGCUCAAAGAAAAAAGAAUUAGAAAUGCAAGAUCAGAAUUUAAUAGAGCAAGGAUGGCAUGGGGACCCAUGGUAGAUCUCGAUUCCGCUCCCGAAGAUUUAAAUGAUGAGCAUUUGAGCUGGGAUAUGGACAAAUUCAAAAAAUAUAUUGAAUCUAGAGCAUUAUAUGGUGUUGCUCUGACAUUCCAAGCAGUAGAACCUCCACUUACUGACAAAGCAAUAAAUUCCUUAAAAGAAUCACUGACAUAUGAUCCAGAAUUCAAAGAAGCAACUGACUUAUUGAAACAAUUAACUGGAGAAGAUCCAACUCCUGUUAUAGAAGCUAAAAAAGAAGAAGAACCAGAAAAAAUAGAUUAUGAAAAUAAUUUUCCUUCGUAUGAUGAUCCAUCUAUACAAAUGCCUCAAUUCUGGGUUGAUGAAAUACCUAUUAAACAUAGAUUCGGAUUUGCAGAAGCGAUUAAAGAAAAAGCAACUCAAUUAUUCAAAUCUCGAGAGUAUAAAAACGCUUACAGCUACUACAAUAAAAUGCAAAUCCCAUUCACAACAAAAGUUCUCAAGAAACUUAAUCCAGAAGAAUUUCAAAGAGCUCAAUACUACGUUGUUGUUAGUAAAACAAAUAGCGUUGCUUGCUACAUGGAGCUUGGAAAAUACGCACAAGCUGUUGUCCAAUCCGAUUAUGCCCUUGACUAUAUAAAGAAGUCAAAAUUAGAUUUUGAUCAAUUUAAAGCAAAAGUUCUAUAUAGAAAAGCAAAAGCACAGAUAAUGUUGAACAAACCAGAUGAUGCAAAUGAAACCAUGAAAGUUUUGGCUGAAGUUCCAAAUGCAAACGCAUACUUGAACGAAGUCAAGAGAAUUCUAAAGGAUCAUUUAGAAACAGCAAAGAAUGAACAAGAAUUCCUCUAUAAGAAGAUGACAGGAACUUUAUAA